UUCUAUCAUCCUAUUGGUGGUUAGCUCUCUCAGUCUACCGCCUUUUUAGCAAUGAGUAGGUGGAAUGCUUCGUCGGAUUUAAUUGGCUGCUGGAGCUUGUUUUGUGAUGUUUGGUUGCUUGAAUGGAACUGUCAGUGAGUAACUGGGAGUCGAAGAGUAACUAACUUACAGCAUGACUAUAGAGCGGGAGCUGUUCGUGUCUGCUCCAGGGAAAGUCAUUCUGCACGGAGAACAUGCUGUGGUACAUGGCAAGAUGGCUUUGGCAGUAGGUCUAAAUUUAAGAACCUUUAUUAGGAUGCGACCUCGUAAGGACGAUACUGUUUUAAUAAAUUUGCCAAAUAUUGGUACCAAGCUAAGAUGGGAUAUUGCCCAACUCCAGACCUUACUACCUUCAUUUCAAGAUGACCCACAGAAGUUGGAAAUUCUGAAGAAUUUUGCAGGGAUUAUAGAGGGGUGCAAAGACACAGAAAGCCUUGCUGUUUUGGCUUUCCUAUAUCUGUACCUUUCCAUCUGUGGUAGAGACUUGCCAAGUGUGGAUAUUGUUGUUUGGUCCCAGCUGCCAACAGGAGCAGGUCUAGGAUCUAGUGCUGCAUAUUGUGUCUGUCUAGCUGCUGCAUUGUUAACAUACUGUGGCAGAAUUGACGAUCCCAUGUGUGACGAAACUACAAUUUUAAGGUGGUCCCAAACAGAACUUGACCUCAUUAACCAGUUGGCUUUUCAAGGUGAAAAGGUUAUCCAUGGAAACCCAUCAGGAGUUGAUAAUGCUGUAGGAACAUGGGGUGGUGCUUUACAGUACCAGUCUGGAAGCAUAACUCCAAUGGAGAGGAUACCAGUACUGCACAUCUUGCUCACCAACACAAAGGUUCCCCGCAGUACAAAAGUACUUGUGGCAGGAGUAAAGGAAAAGCUUCUAAAGUUUCCAGAUAUCAUGGAACCUGUCCUCUCAUCCAUUCAUGCUGUUUCCCAAGAGUGCCAGCGAGUUCUGAAAGAGAUGACUGCUGGGUUGUCAAUGGACCAUUACACUGUUUUAGAGGAACUAAUUGAUAUCAACCAACAUCACUUAAAUGUGAUAGGUGUUGGGCACUCAUCAUUGGAGACGAUAUGCCAAGUAACAAAAUCACAUGGACUGCACAGUAAAUUAACUGGAGCUGGAGGAGGGGGUUGUGCAAUAACUUUGCUUCGGACUGAUACGGAUCACGCAGUGGUGGAAACAGUCAAACAGGAACUCACAAACUAUGGAUUCCAGUGCUGGGAGACAAGUAUUGGGGCCCUGGGGGUAUCUGUACAUUUGCCCUCAUCUCUGACUGAGGAUGUUAGAGAAGCGUUCAGUAAUUUAUGAUCGACAAGAUGACUGCUGCAAGAGAAUUUACAAAAUGCUGCUACUUCAGCCCUUGGAUAUUCAUGAGGCUCUUUUUGCUGACCUCAUAGAUUUAAAAGGUCAUUUAUGUUCUUCCAAAAAACAGAUGUGCCAGCUGGUUAAUAACAAUGUCAGUCACCGCUGCACAGGUAGUGGUACAUUUAACAGAAUAACAUUUCACUCUUAAAUUUAAAGACAAAAACACUAGUGUGAAGAAAACCAAGAACAUUACUGCAAAUAAUAAUGCUGGGUCACAAUUUAAAAAGUUUAUAGAUACAGAAUGAAAAUCCUUUACUCUCUUGUUUUUGUCUAUAUAUGAAUUUUGGUUUGUAGUAGAGUCUCCCAUUCCAUCUGUUGUUUUCGCUCCCAUUCAAUUUCAUUGUUGCAUGGUCCAAAUGCAAAAUGUAAUUAGUUAUGGUGCAGAUUUCGAUUGACAUCAUAACUGGUGUUACAUGAAGUUCGGAGCACUUCAUUAUUUCCCGUUACUCAUUGGCUUUAUAAUAGAUAUGGAUGAGCUCACAUGCAAUGUGCUGUCUGUACUUUCCCAAUCCACUAUGGACAUUUCAGUAUGAGUAUUGAAACAUGAUGACAUCAUGGCUACAUUUAUGGCACCAUAUCCUCCUUUUAUUCCUGCUUUUUUCAAAUAAAACAAAGAACCCAUUGUUGCAUAUCUUUGGAAUAAAAAAAAGCAUCAAAGCCC